AUGAACUCCUACUACACAAUUCCCGGCACUCCGAGAGUCAUAUCGCCCUCGCCGACGCCAUCCGAGGCCUCCGACAGACAAGACGGCUACUUCGCACCCGUCACGCGAUCUGCCGCCAAAAAGCAACGACCCAAGUCACCACAGCCAGACUCGAUAGCGGAAGAGAAGGACGGCUCCGGAUCAGACUCCAGUCUUGACCAGCGUGCCCGCACGCGCUCGAGAAGUCCCAUCCUGCAGCCCGCCAACGGCACCAUCGCUUCUGGACGGAAUAUACGGCGCAUGAGCGGGCUUACCAGAAAAUCCUCCGUCACAAAAUCACAGCCACUCACCACCAAUGGCCACGCUAUCGCCCCUCCCGAACCGAACGGCUACCUAUCACCAUACGACCGCGUAAAGAAAUCAUGGCGGGACUUCUCCCGCUCACCAUCGCCGCUCGGGCUGAUACCCCUCCACCGACACUACCAAACACUCAUACAUAAGCACGAGCUGCCACGGAAAGUCCUACACGUAUCGAUAGGCUUCUUCACGCUCUGGCUCUACGUCAGCGGCUCCUCGACGCAAGCCGUAACGCCUUACCUCCUUAUCGCCCUCUCCAUAAUAGCACCGACCGAUCUUCUCCGACAUCGAUCCGAACGGUUCAAUCAAUUCUACAUCAGAUGCCUCGGCGCUUUCAUGCGUGAAACUGAGGUCUCAGGCUAUAAUGGCGUGAUAUGGUAUCUUUUGGGCGCGUUUAUUGCCCUGCAAUUCUACCCUAAGGAUGUGGGAGUUGUGUCUAUUCUCCUGCUCAGUUGGUGCGACACCGCAGCAAGCACUUUCGGCCGUCUGUACGGUCGCUACACUAUCAGACUGCGCAAGGGCAAAUCCCUCGCCGGCACAAUCGCUGCAUUCGUCGUGGGUGUCUUCGCGGCAGCAUAUUUCUGGGGCUGGCUGGCUCCCAGAACGGAGUCAAGAUUGGACAGGAUGCUCGCGUCAGGAGCGGAUGGGUUCAUGUUUCAAAACCGCCUGACCUUGCCCAAUGCUGUGAAAGAGCAGCUCGGCUGGAGGGAAACCGAGGGCAUCAUAGAAGGUGCCCCAGCAGUCUUUCUGAUGAGCCUCGUUACGGGCCUAAUCGCAUGCGUCAGCGAAUUCGUGGACAUCUGGGGCUGGGACGACAAUCUGACGAUUCCUCUGUUGAGCAGCAUGUUUCUGGCGGCAUUUCUGAGGGUCUUCGGGUAA